GUUGUGGUCAGCUGACACUACUUCCUCCUCACGCUUUUCUCUUGCGUGCUUUCACCCACAAUUACCUUCUUAUUCAUUUCAAACACGCUGAAAUAUUUCAGGUGGAGAGAACACAGAGAUAAAUGAAAUGUCUGCCAAACCAACUUGUUUGAUAGUGGCGAGUGCUUCUCCUCAAGGGGUGUCAGCAAAGUCUUUCCACCAGUCCUUCAGCCUUUGUGCCUCAGCGUUUAAUCUCCAGACAGCCACACCGGGGGGGAAGCCAAUAGACUUUGUUGGAGUCGAUGAAAGCACAGCUAGAUGGGUGCAGGACUUCAACGUGAAACCCUACGCAACACCAGCCAAACUUGAAUCUAUAGAUGGUGCCCGAUACCAAGCGCUGCUCAUCCCGGACUGUGAUGGAGCGUUAAAUGACCUGGCACACAGCGGCUCGUUGCAUCGUAUUCUCACACACUUCAUCUCUCACCAAAAGCCGGUUUGUGCAGUGGGGCAAGGAGUGUCAGCGCUGUGUUGUGCCACAGAGGGACAGAGCUGGAUCUUCAGUGGCUAUAGCUUAACAGGGCCGUCAGUGUUUGAGCUGGUGCGGAGGCCUGACUUUGCCAACCUGCCCUUGGUCGUGGAAGACUUUGUGAAAGACAGUGGUGGAUCAUACACAGCAAGUCAAGAAGACUCUGUUCAUGUAGUCAUAGACAGACACCUAAUAACUGGUCAGAAUAUGCAGUCGACCUCACUUGCUGUAAAUAAUCUAAUCCUGCUCUGUAGUGCAAAGUAAAAAUAGAAAAUGGAGUUUAGUUGUUCCACAUGUAUAUUCAUUUAAUUAGAGAAACACACAUCUCAGACAAAUAUUGGAAAAUGCUGGGUCAGAACAGAUGUUGCGGCAACACCGUAGAUAGAAAUUCAUUAACUGAUAGUGCUUGUUAACCUACAAACCUAAUAAAAAAACAAUCAAAUGUCUUGAUUUUGAGCAUAUGUACUUUUGAUGAUCAAAGCCAGAGAAGCAUCAAAAUGUUUAUGGGCAACUGAGAGCAAAAAAAAGCAGAAGAUUUCUGGAGUUGGACCGAAGAGAUGAUGCAGAUGUUUGUGGCACGUAAACACUGAAGGCCUCAGCACAAGAAUAUAAGCCUUCAUUUAAACUCCAAACAUAUUGAUGAGCAUGCACCCUCUGUUGUUGAAUGGAGAUGUUACUAAACUCACAACAUACUGAAGUGUCUGCUGCCAUUGUUUGAAUCAACAAAUCUCACGUGUUCAUCCAGACAAGAUUUCUAAACGCUUUCAUGACACUCAAACAAGUUGAGUAUUAACUAAAUCCUGUCAACGGCUCAUUUCAGAGUUCAUGUCACUCACUCAGAAACGAAAAACAAAAAUAAUACCUGCAUAUUUUUUGGUGCACCAUGUUCAGGGAAAAAAAACAAAUCCAUGUGCUGAUGAUCCAAAGUCCACAGUUUUCACUAUCAACUCUCAUAGGAGAUCAUAGAAAUAGUCCAGUCCUUGUCCCAGUUCCCAUAAGGAAAUUCCUGUUCCCAGUUCAGUGGCUAAAGAGAUCCUCAGGUAGAUUGACUGUAAAGUAAUGUUUAUAAUGUUAAUCUCCUCAUGAAAGUAAGAACAUCAAAACAGUUAAUUAAAUGAAAGGCAGUUGUUCUUAAAAUGAUCUACAUUGCUCCUUGUCUUUACUUAAAAACACAAUUUGAAAAAAAAAAAAAAAAAAAUAGACUUACCUUCAGUGUUGGAUAGUACACCACAUGCUUAACUGCAUUGUUCCUGACAUGAGUGAAUGUCACAGAUGUUAAAAGAUGCUGUGGAAAGUUUAAGAUUUAUGAACUAAUAAAUAAUUUGUUCACUUCAAGUGUUGUUAAAUCAGUACCUCUUGUAACUGAAAUAAUGCUCUCCAGAAUAUUCAUCCCAGAGAUGUUUUGGCCUGUGUUCUCGCAAAAUCUCGAUGUACCUGCAGGAAAUCAAGACAACCUUUCUCAAUCAGCCUUUCACUAGGACUUCUCUCUGCUUCUUGCUAGUGUAAAACACAAAACUUCCUGCCACAAUGAUAAGUGUUGAUUUUUUUCACAUGGGAGAUUUCAGUAUUUGUGUCCCAAACUUCUGACUGUUUAUUUGGUCAUAAAUAUUUUAUGCUGUAGAGAAAGAGUUUAAUCAUUCUCAGGGGCUUUAAAGGGGAUCUCUGACUGAUUUUUACACAUUAAAGUCUGUUUACAGGUAUUAGGGAGUUUUACUGCAUAUGGGAAAAAAGUUGUCUAAUGCCCUUUGUGCUUUAUGUAAUCUAAUUAAUUGCCUCAAGUAACUCACUUGAGUGACACUGGUUGGGGCUAAAGACUACAUGUUUGAAUAUGAAAAAAUCUGGGGGUGUGCAGUUAGAAAGAAGUGAGCUUACCAGCCCCCUAUUCUGCUCCUCAUCGCUGAAUUGCUGAAGCUAACAAGGCAACAUGAGCUGCUAAUAGCAAAACACACUUGAAUCUCCAACCUAACUGUCACCAAGUCCAGUUGCAUUGUGGGUUAUUUAGAUGCCAUGUUUUGACAAGGAAUAUAUGUCUGGUUCUGCAAAUAUUUUGGUCAUUAAAAAAAAACAUCCAUUGUGAA